CCGACUCCGAGUGCGCGCGUGCGCGUGUGUUUGUUGCGUAAAAGUGUGAUUGGUCGAGGCCAGCAGGCGCAGUGACUCUUUGCCGGGGGCGGUCCAAGUGAGCCGAGUUGCCCGCCCCACGCGGCCUCCGUGUCGUGAAGUGGCCGUGGCCAGUCGCUCCAUUGUGAAAUUCCGUGGAACGCGUCCUCUUUUCUGCCGUUUGUGUUCCAUCGUCGGCGGCCGUGACGUCAGCAGCGUCGCCUUCUCCCGGCUUCCGCGAAGGCGGCGCUGCUGACGUCACGGCCCCUGCGAGCCGUCGCCCGCCGGCACGCGCGCGCACGCGUGGGUUCGCCGGUGCCGUGUCGGCGGGACUUUCCUAUAAAAGAGCGCAGACUCCAGACCCCCCCCCCCGCCCAAAAAAAAAAAAAAGCCCACGACACGGAACGCGUCCACGCCGCUCACCGACACCGACGUCAUGUCCAGAACCGACGAAGUCCACCGGAUCACGGAGAACGUCUACAAGUCCAUCAUGGAACAGUUCAACCCGUGCCUGCGGAACUUCGUGGCCAUGGGCAAAAGCUACGAGAAGGCGCUGACCAGCGUCAGACGCCUCGCCGGUGACGCCGCACUCGAUCCGGAAGUUCAUCCCCGAUUGAAAGCGUGCCGCCGUUUUCCAAAUGGAUGCGUGCGGCAUUGGCAAGUCUCCGGGAAUUAUGGCCCCCCUCCUCCGGCUUGGGUCCGGACGGGGGCGUGCGCCCGGUCCAAAGGUGUCACGUCCGCCGCAAAGGGUUACUUCGACGCUCUGCUGCGGAUGGGCGAGGCGGCCGGCGGCAGCAGAGGCGCCGAGGAGCUCGGGGAGGUCCUGUUCCAGAUGGCCGAAGUGCACAGACGCAUCCAGAUCCAGCUGGAGGAGAUGCUCAAAUCGUUCCACAACGAGUUGCUAACGGAGCUGGAGAAGAAAGUGCAGAUGGACGCCCGCUACCUCAACGCGGCGCUCAAGAAGUACCGGACGGAGCACAAGAGCAAAGGCGAGAGUCUGGAGAAGUGUCAGAACGAGCUGAAGAAGCUCCGGCGUAAAAGUCAGAGCAGCAAAACGCUGGACAGGCACGCCGAGCGCCAAACGCAGGCGGCGGCCAUGACGGAACCCGGGACCAAAAUCCUGCCCGGACCGCCGCAGCCGGAGGCUCUCGGGAGCGGCGCCGGCGGCCCGCAGCGGCUGACGGAAGGCGGCGCGGCGGACGGCGCCGAGCGCUACCGGCGGCGGCCCGAGUCCCGCGGGAAGGCGUCGUACUCCAACACGUUGCCCGUACGCAAGGCGGCGCCCGCCAAGAGCAAGGCCUCGCUGGCGUCGCCCGGCACCCUGCCCCGGUCCAGCUCGGUGGCGGCGGGCCUGGAGAGGAACGGGCGGGGGCGCCCCGGGGGGGGGAGCGCCCGGGUGCAGGCGCUCUUCUCGCACGCGGCCGGCGACAACGACACGCUGCUGAGCUUCAAGCAAGGCGACCUGGUGACCCUGCUGGUGCCCGAAGCCCGAGACGGGUGGCACUACGGCGAGAACGAGGAGACGCGCAUGCGCGGCUGGUUUCCCUUCUCGUACACGCGCGUCAUCGCCGAGGCCGACGGGGACGGCGCCGGCCGACCUCCGCCGCACGCCCUCCAUCCGGGGAAGUGCAGCAGCACGGGAAACCUUCUGGACCGCAGCCUGACCCGCUCCAGACAAGCGCGCCCCUACGGCGUCGGCGUGCAGGCCGCAGUUGAAGAAUACGAUCCGGCCCGUUUCGCCAGCAGUGUGAGGUCGGACGGACGGACGGACGGACGGACGGACGGACGGACGGAGGGACGGACGGCCGGACUCUGCCCCCUCUACAAAUUGGCAACAGGAAGUGUGUGUGUCGUCCCCCCCCCCCCUUCCCCACAAGGAAGAUGAAGCGACGGUUGGUCCAUUUUCUGUCAUCAUCAGAACAGUAUAUUUGUUGACGUGUGUGCAUAUACGCACGCACGCACGCACGUGCGUAUGUAUUUACGUAUAUAGCGAAUGGCUUUACUUGACUUUAUUAACGCUUUGGAGCAUUUUUUUUCUUUUUUUCAGUUAAUAUUCCCACACUGUGAUGGUUUCGAUAAUGACAUUACGUAUACUUUUGUCAUUAUUACAGUGAGCUACUAUGUAUAAUUACAUAUUGACAUUAUGCAUAUAUAAAUGAUAUCACUGACUCGAUUAUGUAUAUUACAUAGUGUAUAUUACUUCCAGUAUAUUUAUGACCGUGAUUGCAUAUAGCUACAUUAUGAUGUAUGACGACGACUCAUUGUGAGUCUUUCAGGUAGGCUACGUGACCCUAAAUGAC